AUGGACUCUUCACUGGCAUCCGCUUCUUCCGCGCCCGUCGGCACCGGCGGACGCUUCACAGUCUCCCUGCUGGAGCGGCUUCCGUCCCUCGCCGAGUCUCCGCCCUCCACCGCGCGGUUUCGAGUCUUGGAGAAGAUUUCUUACGUGUGGCAGCGGCACGAGCGAGAAGGGUGGGCGCUCGCGGAGGAGUUUGAGCGGAAAAUGACCGCACUUCUUCUCUCGGAUGCGCCCCGAGGCGCUCAGGCGACGCCUCGACUGGUGGUGCAAGUUGGAGCUAUGGACGGCCAAGUCUCGGAGCCUCUCUCCGAUCUUCAGUCUCUCUUCUCCGCCCAGUCCCCCCCCAGCCACGUCUCCGUCUUCCUUGACUCUUCUCCCUCUUCGGAUUCGUCCCCGUCGCCUGCGCGGACUCCUGACAGUCCGCUGCGCUCCUUCUUCUCACCGUCCCUUCCCUUUAGGCUUCCAGUCUCCUCCGCGCUCUCCCCUGCGCUCGCGGUCGCCUCUCCAGCAGCCGUGCCCGCGUCUGACAGCCCAACCGACUCGGCGGCGUCUUCUCCGCCGCCUUCCGUCGCGGCUGCUGCUCCUGCUGUGUCAUCGCUCUCGCCUUCCCCCCCUCAGCUCGUCGUCUACCCGCCGAGCCCCCGCAGUGCCUCAGAGCCGGCGCCUGCUUCCCGGGGCGACGCAGAAGCGGCUGCCGCUUCCUGUGCACCUGCGGCCUCUGGGCUCUCUUCUGCUUUCUCGCUCUCGGCGCCGUCGGCCGCCGGCGGGGCGAGCAAAGACAAAGCACACCGCCGAAAAGCAGCAAAUGGAUCUCUCAGCGACAGAGGAGGAUCACGAGCGAGUUCUCAGGGUCUGCUCGUUCCCAAGGGCUGCGGAGUGGGUAGCCAGGCGCGCUUCCGCGAUCUGAUGGAAAUGGACAAAGGACGUAAGGCCGCCCUGGCUGGCGUUCGUCGCCGGAUCUCGCUCGAAGAACUGGCGCGACAUCGCACGCGAGAGGAUCUCUGGGUCGCGCUCGACGGCAUCGUCUACGACAUCAGCUCCUACGUCGCCUUCCAUCCCGGCGGCGCGCGGAUUCUCGUUGAGCACGCUGGGCGGGACAUUUCAGAAGUUUUCCGCCGCUACCACGCCUGGGUUAAUGCGCAGCACAUCCUCGAGUAUAACCAAGUCGGCGUUCUGGAGUGA